AUGAGUACAUUUAAAGCGCCAGCUAACUUCUCCAUGGUUCUUGCUCAACCAAAGUUUUUUGAUAAUGUUACCCUUUCAAAACAAGCUGAUUUAAUUGAAGGCAUCCCAGAUGGUAUCCUUGCAUUAAUUGCACCAGUUGUUGCAUAUUGGACAUAUUCAAUGUUUUUCCAUAUAAUAGAUGUUUUUGAAUUGGCUGAAAAAUAUAGAAUUCAUCCAAGUGAAGAAGAACAAAGUAGAAAUAAAGUUACCCAUUAUGAAGUUUUCAGAGAUGUUAUUUUUCAACAUAUCAUUCAAAGUAUUGUUGGUUUCAUUGUUUACUAUUUUGAUCCAACCCCUCAAACUGGUGGUGAAUUAUAUGCCAUGUGGAAUUUGAAGCAUAACUAUUUGCCAAGUUUUGUUCCUGAUUGGGCUAUUUAUUACGGAUACAUGUAUGGUUUGUCUGCCUUGAAAUUGGCCAUUGCUAUUACUAUCAUUGAUACUUGGCAAUUCUGGUUACAUCGUAUCAUGCAUGUUAACAAAGCUUUAUACAGAAGAUUCCAUUCAAGACACCACAGAUUGUAUGUUCCAUAUGCUUAUGGUGCUUUAUAUAAUGAUCCAGUUGAAGGUUUCCUUUUAGAUACUCUUGGUACUGGUAUUGCUUCCAUCGCUACUGGUUUAACUCAUCGUGAAUGUAUUGUUUUGUACACUUUUGCAACCAUGAAAACUGUUGAUGAUCAUUGUGGAUACAGAUUACCCUUUGAUUUGUUCCAAAUUCUUUUCCCAAAUAACUCCGUUUAUCAUGAUAUUCACCAUCAAAUGUGGGGAAUCAAAAGUAAUUUCUCCCAACCUUUCUUUACAUUCUGGGAUAUUUUCAGCAAUACCCAAUACAAGUUUGUUAAUGAAUAUAAAGAAUUACAAAACCAUAUUACUUUGACUAAAUACAAGGAAUUCUUAGCUAAAAAAUCAAGAAGUACAAAGAAAUCUAAAGAAGAAAUUGAUAUUGAAGAAGAAGAAAAAAUUAUUAAUGAAAAUAAGAAAGAUAUUUAG